AUGAAGCUAAUUAGAGUCACCUUCUUGCUUUGUGCAUUGGCCUUUUUAUUGCUUCUAACUCCAACAUCUUCUCUACAACUCCACCCUCGCUACUCGUCUCCUAGCCAAGGUGUAAGCGAAAAGAUUGUUAAUAAAAUGGCGCCACGGAAACUCAUGAUCAUUUCUAAUGAACAUCAGGUGGUGACAUCAGGUGCUAAUGAAGGUUCAAGCGAACAACUUCAAGUCACUUCUUCAGCUGGAAAAUCUAAGAGUGAAGAGAAGAGAUUAGGUGAAAAGGAAGAGGAGAAUGCUCUAUCUAAAUAUCUAUCAAUGGAUUAUCCAAAAUUUAGAAGAAGACGACCUGUUCACAACCUCUAA